AUGGCGGCCACCGUGAAUUUGCAGGACAGGAAGGCCCACAUAGCCUUUAUUCCCAAGGAUAUUAUGGCUAACAUUUUCAAAAGAUUGCCGGUAAGAUCCCUAAUUCGGCUUCAAUCCGUGUCCAAGGACUGGAAAAAUCUGAUAAAAUGUCUCAUCAACACUCCAUCUUUCAUCGAAGACCACCUCCAACACUCCACAUAUCGAAACCCUUUCCUUCUCCUUGAACAAUACCAUCGCAAAUUCUGUGGUAUUCGACUCAGUGUGCUGGAUUGCGAUAUGCGAGUAGGUAAAGUUCAAAAAUUACCUUCGACUUCGAUUGAUUCUCUUUAUAAUUUUGAGGUCUUGGGUUCCAGCAAUGGCUUGGUCUGUGUUAAGAUUGAGAAUGGUACAAAUCCUCAUCCCAUUUUGAUUUGGAAUCCAGCGACUAGAGACAUCAUGGAGGUGCGCCCCAGAACUGCUGUUCAUUCUCACCUUAUUCACCAUUACGGAUUUGGUUUUAGUGCUCUUGGUAAUGAUUACAAGAUAGUAAGAAUUAAUGUGUUUUAUCCAUUUGCUAUUAAAGCCGUGGAAAUGUAUUCAUUGAAUUCUGGGUCAUGGAAGGAAAUCAACUAUGGAAAUCUAAGGGGCAUAAGAACGAGUACUACAAAUAUCACUGUUAAUGGAGUUAUGUUUUGGGCUACAAGUGAUGAGAAUCGAAUUCUUUCAAUUGACCUAUCAAAGGAAGCGUGUAAAUUGAUACCAAUGCCUUAUAUACGCUCCUCUCUUAGACGCCUUGUUGAGUAUGAGAACAAACUUGCUUUGGUUGCUCCCAUAAAAGAACAGGAUGGAUCUAAUUUGAUUCAUCUCUGGGUGUUGGAGGAGGAGGACACAUGUCCAUUUGAGGGCGAUAGGAGAUGGGAGUGGAUUAAAGUAUACACCGGUAGCUGUUUUACAUGCAAUUGCUUAAAUCCAGUGACUAUUUGGAGGAAUGAGAUUGUCUUACUACCUUCUGAUCAGACACAGAAUGAUCAUCAAAUGAUAAAUUUAUAUUUCCUCAAUUUUACUACUAAUAAGUUCAAGAGGUUUGAUCUUAAAUCUUACUCUUACGACUUUGGCCAUAUAAGGAGAGAAAGACCUGUCUCUUACCCUAAAAGAGACAUUGAAAUUGCUAUUUUUAAUUACGUGGAAAGCCUUGUAUUAGUCAAUGGACAUCAUUGA